AUGUCGUGCUCCGACGGCCGUGUUCUAAUUGCCAGCUCGAUGAAUAUGACUGUCAAGUCAUGGCAAGGCGCCCGAAGCGGGUCCCACGGCGAGUGCACACAGCAAAAUGAUGAAACCGAAUCUGCCUUGAACACGUUUUUCGUCGAAAACUAUCCCACGCCGUCAGCAACGACAAGACCAACAAGCGAUGCGAAAAUCAAACAAGAAACAAGGAACACGUCGACCAAACCAACAACCCCUCGAUCUCCAGGGCGCCUCGGAUCUUUUAAUGAUUACGUAUCGAUCAUGGCGACAGAGAUGUCCUUUCUCGAAAACAACGGCUUCUUGGCAGCCGCGGCCGUUGUGGUUGUGCUACAAGAAACCACAGUCCAACGCCUCCUCAUUCGUCAAAGGGACCCUCAAGUACGUGACGAUGCAAUCAUUCGACUCCGGCGGUGCAGAGACACUAUCAAGAGGCUGAGAGGUCGCCAAACUUCUCUUGGCCAUGGAGCGGACCAUCUCGAUCGCGUUCUAUUCGAGAUUAAGAAGGAUAUCCAACAUUUCGACCACGCCGAUAGCGCUAUAGAAGCCCCCCUGCCUUCAAAUACGGCUCUAGUACCAUCCCCUCUAUCGUGUGGGUUGCUCACACAAGCGAUGAUCCCAGACCUACCGUCACCAUCACUAGUUUUCGAGGAUGUUAUGAAUUUCGAUAACGAUGAAGUUGAUCUUGAGGUAGGCGUCACCGCGAAAUAG